AUGGCGUGUUAUUAUCUGGAUCGAGGAUGGAGCUGUCGUCAACGAAUGAGCUACGCGCGUAGAUUCCAGUGGGAACGGAGUUGCGUCGUCGAUUUCCGGCGAGGGAGGAAGACGAGUCGUCGUUUCAGAGAGUUCAGAUGCGAUUUGGGUGGGAUUUCAAAGAGAAAUCUUCGUAGAGAACAGACAACAGAGACGAAGUUGAUAAUUUUUCGCAGAGAAGAGAAGAAGCUGAGAAUUUUUCGUAAGAAACUGAGAGAGACUGAAAGAGAAGAACUGAACGCGAUGAGAAGGCUGGUGCCGCGUAUUAGGUUUAGGGAUUUUAAUUGGACGGUUUAUCCGUCGGUCCGUGUGGACCGGCGGUUUGAUGAAAUUAUCCAGUUUUCAAACAGUUUAAAGCGGUCUAUGCAUUAUAACGGUUUUAAGGCAGACUUUGCUACUUCUGCGGUAGACUUUUUGCAUAGGGUUGGUCGCACAGCUCGGGCUGGUCAAUAUGGACUUGUCACUAGCCUUUACACUGAAUCGAACCAGGAUCUUGUUGAUGCAAUUCGUCAAGCAGGAAAACUGGGUCAGCCUGUGGAAACAGCAUUCAGCCGAAAAAGAAGCUUUCGAAACAAGCUUAAGAAGAGAGGUUCCAGCAAAGUUAGAGGCACAUCAACUGUUGAAAUGGUGACAGUUUAA